UCACAACAACAACAAAAGCAACAACAACAAUAAAAAAGAGGAAUCCGAUACCAUGUACUGUGGCAAAGAGUUUUGAUUCAAUCCUCGGGAUUUUUCCCCCCUUCUUUCUUUUAAUCUAUGUAUAUCUGUAUGUAUCCCUGGAAACCACAAAGACUCGUGGGUUAGCAUCUCAUCGCUUCCAUCUGAUUCCGUGGCUAAAUAUCCUGUGGCUUUUUGAUAGACCCUCACCUUGUUACCUGCAUCUUUACCUAUUUAAAACAAGCUAUUUAUAUGACAAUGAGCUCCUAUUUCGUCAACUCCCUCUUCUCCAAGUACAAAACCGGGGACUCCUUGCGCCCCAACUUCUACGACUGUGGCUUCGCCCAGGAGCUCGGAGGGAGACCGACGGUGGUGUACGGGCCGAGCACCGGGGGCACCUUCCAGCACCCCACCCAGAUCCAGGAGUUCUACCACGGAGCAUCGUCUCUCUCCAGCUCCCCUUACCAACAGAAUCCCUGCGCCGUAGCGUGCCACGGGGACCCCAGCAACUUCUACGGCUAUGACCCGUUGCAGAGACAAAGCAUCUUCAGCGCCCAGGAGUCCGACCUGGUGCAGUAUCCCGACUGCAAGCUCGCCUCCGCCGGCCUGGGAGAGGAGGCGGACAACUCGGAGCAGAGCCCGUCUCCCACGCAGCUCUUCCCGUGGAUGAGACCGCAAGCAGCCGCCGGACGGAGGAGAGGCAGGCAGACGUACAGCCGCUACCAGACCCUGGAGCUGGAGAAGGAAUUCCUUUUUAAUCCUUACCUGACCCGCAAGCGGAGGAUCGAGGUGUCGCACGCUCUGGGACUAACCGAGAGGCAGGUGAAGAUCUGGUUUCAGAACAGGAGGAUGAAGUGGAAAAAGGAGAACAACAAGGAUAAGUUCCCCAGCAGCAAAUGCGAACAGGAGGAGCUGGAGAAACAGAAAAUGGAACGGGCGCAGGACGCGGAGGAGGCCGGAGAAGCACAGACGGGGGACAAGAAGUAGGAGCUGGAAGAGUGGACAGGCAAGCCCCAGGAAAAAAAAAAAGAAAUAAAGAAAAAGCCCCAACCUUU